GAGGGAUCGUGGGGAGGGCGGGGCUUCCGAUGAUUACAUAAAGGGACGCCGGGUGAGUCGCGGCUAGUUCCGUCGAGACCUCGAGUACUGUCGUUUCAUCUCUCGGAGCAUCGCUGCCGCCAGCGCUGACAAUGCAGAUCUUCGUGAAAACCUUAACUGGUAAGACCAUCACCCUGGAGGUUGAGCCCAGUGACACCAUCGAGAACGUCAAGGCAAAGAUCCAGGACAAGGAAGGCAUCCCCCCUGACCAGCAGAGGCUGAUCUUUGCAGGCAAACAGCUGGAAGAUGGCCGCACCCUGUCCGACUACAACAUCCAGAAGGAGUCCACCCUGCACCUGGUCCUGCGCCUCAGGGGUGGGAUGCAGAUCUUUGUGAAGACCCUGACUGGCAAGACCAUCACCCUGGAGGUCGAGCCCAGUAACACCACUAAGAAAGUCAAACAGGAAGAUGGACGCACCUUUCUUAGUACACUGUCUAGAAAGAGCACCUCUUGCGCUUGUUCUUGGGCUUGAGGGGAGAUGUCUUAGUAUCUCGCAUCUUUAAGCUGUUAAUCAGUUUCAGUGCACUUUGAAUAAAGUUCUUGCAUUCCCAAA